UCACUUGACCAGCAAUUAAAAAACCUUCUCCUGGGGCACUUAAUAAUUUGAACAUUUUUUUAAACUGUAAUAAAACGCAGGUUGUCUAAGCUCAGAACUAUAUAGUCUUUUUAUUGGAGCUUAAGAGCAGUGAUUAAAACCCAAAACAAGUUAACACACAGCAAUUUUCUUUAGAAAGUGUAAGAGCCGAUUGGAAAAUGUCUGUAAGCUGACACAGAUCUGUAAACUAACUCAUUCUUUUUUUCUCUUUGGUCAAAUUAGAGAUUGUUGUCCAUUAUUCAAAAUUUGGUCAACAUUAAGUUAAUAGCUUUGCUAAAUCUACCGAAAAUAUCGGGCAAGCAUACCUCGGACAUAUUUCAAUUUCGAUUUCGUUGGGGUGCCCGAAAUAAAUGCCAUUAAAACAUUAAUUUCCUAUGCCAGAACGGCACAAGCGGCCACAACUCAGUCGAUUGGAUUUGUCAUUCGGUUUGGUAUUUGCCAAAAAGUAAACACGGCCAAAAUGACAACAGAAAAGCGAUGAAAUCGAAAACGAAAACAAUAUGCAAAGCACUUCCCAAACGAAUAAUUAAGUGCAAAAGGGGCAAAAACAAAGCCAGCUAAAUAAAUUAUAAUCCCGGCUGCAGUUUGAGUCAUUCUCCGCCGGCUUCUCCCAGAUUCUCUUCAUAGUUUCUCGGCCUCUCACUGGCGAACCGGCUGUGGUCGCAACCAGUUUCCAAUUCAUUUCCAUUAUUAUUAUUUUUGCGCAAAGAAAUUAGCUUGUUUAUAUAACUGAAGUCAGCUGAUUGCUGUUUUUGUUUGCAGUUUGUUUUGCUUCGGCCAUCUCGCAUUUCCAUCUUUGUAUCUUCAAAAAGCGGCUAUAGAUUCUAGGCAGCGAUUGCGUGCCGUUUGCGAUCGAGUAUGCGAAGAAUGCCAGGCACUGAAAUUGGAGAAAUUUCGUUGGUUGCGUGUGGAAAGUGCGUUGCAUUCUGUGUUGCAAUUGCAGUUGCAGUUGCAAUCGCAUUCGCAGCUGCAGUUUGUCAUGUGUGGCACAAGACAUUUCUUACGCUUGACGAGCGGUAAUUGAAAUAUGUGAAUAAUUGCUAGAUUUGUGAGCCAAAAUGGCAAACGGCAUCAAGAAAGAUACAUGGGAAAGCCGGGGAGAUGACAAAUGGCCGGGGAAACUCUCCACAUGGAGUUGGUUUAUAGAUGUCGGGGAUACCACGGCAAUGAAGCUUAAAGAUUGAUACAGCGCGAGUUUAUUUCAGGGAAUCGUUUCUCUCAAAAGCUCCAUAGUACUUACUUUUCAUGCCGACAAAACUUGUUAGCUACUUUAAAUCAUCUUGUUUUUAUCAUUGCACGCCGGAUACUUAUUAAGCAAUUAAGUUAUUUCUACAAUAUCAAAAUAUUUUUGAAACUUUGAACACUAGUUCAGAUACUUUUAUAUCAGUUUUCAAGUUCUGAAUAAGGCUAGUUUGGAAAUAGUAUAUUUAAGUGCCUCCAAUAAAGAAUUAUAGUCAUAUUCAAAUAUAAAAUGCCUGAAUAAGUAAACCAGUACUUCGGAAAUCUUGACUCCAACUCUUGUUGAAUUUACUUCUCUGUUGUCUGCAUUUGUGUCAUAAUUGAUAAGUUUCCGUUGAAACAUUUACCAUAUUUCUUAAGCAAUCCAUAAUGCACAAUGCUCUUUGCAGAAUGAAUUGCAAUACCUUGGCAAUUGUCAUUGUUUGAGUUAGAAUUAUGCAUAUUUUCAUGGACCUUUGUUGCACUAGCACAAUGGACCGACUAGUUCUUGUCGGACCUCCAAUUAGGUGUAGACAAUGAUGGGAAAAAGUGCUGUCGAGAACGACAUUGUGCAGUGUUCAAAGUGCUUGGAGACAACAAUUAAUUGAAGAAAUCACGCACGCCCAAGGGGCUGAAGGGGUUAUAAAUUCUAUGGAAAUGGGGCUGAGGAGGGGACUGCGAGAACAAAGCCGAGGCGCAAAGUGAAUGACAACCAAUUCCAUGAUGACUUCUGAUGGACAAAUACGGCUAACGGGCUCUAUGACCCAAAAGAAUGGUGAAGCGAGGGGGCGAGGGGGCGAGGCGACAUGUUUUGCAUACUAACAGUUACAAAUUGUAUUAUGUAUGCCCUGCAGUUGUUGCCGCUUUUAUGGGAUUCUUUCACUCCAAUUGUGGACGUCAGGGCCGAUCCUUCUCGUUUUUACCCUCCCUUCAAUCAGGGAAUUUUAAUUAUUAUUUUCAAUUAUCGAAAAUGGCCUGUGCGUCUGUUCGUUUCAAGUGUUUUCGCAUUGUAUCUGCAGCAGUGGCUGUAUCUGUAUCCGUAUCUCUGUCUGUAAUUAGGAGGCGUAUUGUUCUAUAAUGCCACUGCCCCUACGCCCCUUAUUCCAACACAUGAUUGCGGCAUAUGGUUUGGUUUUGUUUUCCCUUUGAUUUUAAUUAAAUUUUCAAUUUCAUUCAGCGAUAAGAAGGGAAAAACAGUCUACAAUUUCCAAAAGCUGCAUUUGCCCGAAAAAUUACUCUUCAAGAGUCAGCUGACAAAAUUGUUUCUAAUUUUCUGCUGAAUUGUGAUCUCGCUUCUAAAGCUUUUAGCUCUGAGCUGUUAACUGAUAAAUUAAACAACUGCCUUGAAUGAUCCAGACUGUAGCUGGCUGCUGAAAUGCGAAACGAAAGUAAACAUAAACACAAGGUCUGUGGCAUCUCUCAGGUAGACGUUCCAUCCCAGGAAUACGAGUAUUUAUGGAAAUAACGUACAUAAGGAAUAUGACUCGAUCAUGUAGCAGAUGCAAUGGCAGGCUUAGCCAAGAAAUGGGAGACUGAGAAGCUCGGUUUUUUUCAAAUAAUAUUUCUUGGGGAUGAUCGUUAUAAGGUUAAAAGAGUAAGAUUGAAUUCAACCUUAACCAGUUAAAGGAAUCAUAUUCUUUAAUUAUGUUCUAUAAACCUCUAUAAUAUAAGUAAUUUAUAUUUCUCGUAAUAAGAAAACCUAUUGGCCAUCAAUAUUCGAUUGAAUUCCCUCAGCGUGCACUUUAAAAACCAUUCAAUCUUCAUAAUUUUCCCAUUUUCCCGGCACAGUAUUCCCCAGCACGCGGUUCUUAUUGCCAUUUUGACACAAACCCGAAAGGCAGCGGCAAUAAUGAUAUUUUUUUUUGUAUUCGAACUGUUCGCUUCUGUUGCUGGUGCCUUUGCUUUGACGUCGCCAUGCGGCUCAUCGUGAACUGAGUACACAAUGGCUAAAGUACAUACCAUAUACAACUACAACUACAAAAAUCAAGUAAAAUAAACCGCAGAACGAAGCGCAAAAACGGCAGCGAAAAAAUAAGCGUCGCCAGCAGUUUGUCACUCAAUCGCCCAGACAUCAGUCGCGUUUUCGGAUCGACUGCGAAAAAACACAGCGCCGAAAAAUAGCAGAAACAAAUCGCUGAAAUUCUCAACGAGUAUCUAACAGAUACUCUCAAAUCGGAGACGUGUCGCCGUAAUCGGAGAGAAUUCAAUAAAAGCGUUUCCCCAGGAGGCCCAUAAAAAAGCAAAGCAAAGUUUUAGCUAGACAAAAUUAUUUGAACCCUUCGACCUUUUUUUCGUGUGUGUGCUGGCGCCAUCUAGCGCGCAAUAAAUAACAUGAAAAACCCAAAUAUCAUGGAAUGCAGCAGUUCCUUAAACAACAACAGCAAUAUCAACGGAAACGGAAGUGGAAAUGGAAAUGGCGGCGUUAGCGAGCAGCGCCCCCUAUCGGCCAAAACCCAUGCAGCAUCUCCACCGCCCGUCAGCAACAACAACAACAACAACUUGAUCGUCCGCUACAACAAAAUGAGCCCGGGCAGCUCCUCCGCGGACUCGUCGCCGCCACAUCAUCAGCAGCACUCGCCCCCACCGAUGCACCACCCAAACCACCCGAACCACCCUCUCCACCCGUCAGCCAUGUCCACAAACAUGGCCACAAAUGGCCAUCAGUUGUAUCCGGCGAUAACGGCAACGUAUUGGCUGCCGCCACCGAAUCCGGCGCCAUAUUUAGUUCCAGAACGUAAACUUUUCGUCGGCAUGCUGAACAAAAAAUACACGGAGGCCGAUGUGAGGCAGCUCUUCACAGGCCACGGAACCAUCGAGGAGUGCACGGUGCUCCGGGAUCAGGCCGGCCAGAGCAAGGGCUGCGCCUUCGUCACAUUCGCCACCAAGCAGAACGCCAUCGGAGCCAUCAAGUCCCUUCACCAAAGCCAGACCAUGGAGGGCUGUUCGGCUCCGCUGGUCGUGAAGUUCGCGGACACGCAAAAGGAAAAAGACCAAAAGAAGAUGCAGCAGAUACACGCCUUCUGUGGCAUCAAUACCCCGAGCGGUGCGUCCGCAGGUUCGGCCACGCCCACCAUUAAUGCGGCCACAGCGCUGAUAGCUGCCCCGCCCUCGGCGGGACGCUCCAAUCCGUCGAUGGCGGCCGCGCUGGCGGCAGUGCCGCAGGUCCAGCAGGCUGGAGCUGCAUCGGCGGCCCAAACGACCCUCGUUCCGAUGAACUCCUCUACCGCCCUCAGCGCGUCCUUGACGCCCAAUCUCCUGGCCAGCAACGCCCACCAGGGGGCGGCAGCAGCGGCGGCGGCGGCCGCCUAUUUGGGGGCGGACCCCACGACGGCGGCCCAUCUGCAGCUCUACCAGCAACUUCACGGAUACGGACUGAGUCCGGCACACUAUCUGCCAGGACUAAAUUUCCACCACCCACCGGAAAACAGUGCCCACCACAGCCAGCACGGUCCCACCGCCGCAUCAGCAGCAUCUCUAUCGGCUGCAGCAGUCGCCGCUGCCGCAGCAGCAUCUCUCCCACUUGGCAACGGCGGCCCACCACCACCCACACCACCCACAAGCGGUGGCGGCGGCGGCGGCGGCAGCGGCGGGAUCCCUGCCGCCGGGCAUGCUGCUGGCGCUGGACUGCUCGCCGCUCCAUCCCUGUCUAUGCAGAAUCUGGUAACCCUGCUAGCCACGCCCUCCGCCCACCACCAGCUGACCCUCGCAAACGCCACCGCCCACCACAGCAGCAGCAGCAACAACAACAGCCAGAGCACCAUUCACCACCAACGACUGGCCUACGCCGCACCACCUCCCACGGCGACCGCCUACAGCAUGGGUCAGCUGAUGGGUCACACGGCCACGCCCACCCAGCAGGGGGGCGGCGGCCAAACGCUGACCUUGAAUGCGCUGUGGCCUCCAAAUGCUACAGACCCCUAUGCAUCCUCACUGAGCGGACUGACAAACGGAGCCGCCUACGGAGCCGCAUCCCAACCUCUGACUGCCAGCGCCCUUCAAGCGGCAGCUGCGGGCGUGGCUGGCAAACAGAUAGAGGGUCCCGAUGGCAGCAAUCUGUUUAUUUACCACCUACCUCAGGAGUUCAUUGACACGGAUCUCGCGUCGACGUUUCUGCCCUUUGGCAAUGUCCUGUCGGCCAAGGUGUUCAUCGAUAAGCAGACCAACCUGUCGAAGUGUUUCGGCUUUGUGUCCUACGACAAUCCACAUUCGGCCAACGCGGCCAUCCAGGCGAUGCAUGGCUUUCAAAUCGGCACCAAGCGGCUGAAGGUCCAACUGAAACGUUCCAGGGAUGCGGCCAAGCCGUACUAGGCAGCUGAAACGGCUGAGAUGGCUUAAAUGGGCGGGGCCAAGGCACCCAGCACACCAGUAAUUCACAAACAAUGGAUGAAACUAGUUUAUAAAAUUGUGCCUUUUAAGCAACGUUCUGAAACCAAAGGACCAAUUACAAAAAUCUAUUUAAUAAGUGAACACAAAACUAAAGAUAAAUAGAAAGCUUACAAAUAAUGUUCUCGAGUGCACAAAAACGAACCGCAAAAAUCAACCCUACCAAAGAAGUAGCUUAAAAGUUGCAUCCUUCUUGUAAUCACAUUUGCUGAAAACCAUCAAACAUUUUCAUAAAAUCUAUCUAACUAUUCAACGUGGUCGGCAAACAAAUCCUACAAAUAAAAUAAAACCAAAAUAAAAUACAGAAAUUUUAAGCUGCGAUGUGGCGCCAAAGUAUUUUCAAAGCCAAAUAGUUAAGCAAAUAGAAAGAGAAACAAAAAUCAACACAGAAGAGGAAAUUUAAAUUUUUGCACUAAUAAAACGAUACAGUUUAGAAAAUUAAUGUAAAGGCUAAAGUUAAGGACAUAAAAAUACCUAUAAAUAAAAUGAAGUGGUGAGCAAACCAACAGAAAACAUUCGAAAUUCCGUUCGUAGUGAGAAACAUUUAAAGGGAUAGCUAAAAAAAAUAAAACUAAUAAUAUACAUUAAAAAUGAUGUCGAGAACCAUGUGAAAAACUGAAAACGAUUAACUAUAGGUCUAGCUAAAAUUAAAUGAAGCUGAUAACUAAAUAAGCGUCGGAAAAUGUAUCACUUCUGGUUUAGUUUCCUCAUCCUUACUUCAAAUCUAUGUUCUAUUCAUUAAUAGUUUUAAACUAUAAACUUAACGCAAAAAUAAAUUUUGUCAAAUUUGUACUUAAAUUGCACUUGAUGUUAGAGGGCAAAAUUUAAAUAAAUAAAAGUCAGACAAACUAAAAUGUAAA